AUGGUACAUGUCAAUUUACACAUAUACUGCAAUGACAUUGUUUUUCGUUUAUUCUUUUUAUAUUGAUUGAAAAUGAAAAACAUAUUUAGUCAGACUGAAAUUUGUUUGUUUAACACUGAUUUGUUUUUCUGUUUAAUAUUAAGUCUGUCCUGUUAAACGUGCUCAGAAACAUGCAGAUUACAAUUUCUACAGAGCCUAAAAAGACUUUGAGGCUAUUUUUUUGCAUGGAUAAUCUGCUCACCUAAAAACAGCCCACCACAAUCCACGUGCACCAGCUAUGAAAAGUGCAGGACAAACGUCUUCCUCCACCUGUGAGUCUCUUGCCACAUAUACAUAAGCACUUCAGGAUGAACCAGCCUGUGAUCGGUUAAGAUGCACAGAUUCAACUCUGGCCCAACCGUCAUCCCAACACCUCAUCUGCCCAUCAGUUUCGUUUAGUUUCUGUGUAUUUCAAAAGGUCUUAUAAACUUUAAAUGAGACUUUGUGUAAAGCAGGGGUUCCCAAACCUUUCAUUCCACAACCUUUUAAGCCCGGGAUACACUGCAGGAUUUUUGCAAUCCUAUGAGAUUAUUACCUAAUCACACUGUGCGUUCUGGAUCGUUUAAACUUGGCUACGACAAGCAUUUGGAAGACUGUACGAUGAAGACACCUAUUGAUUGGACGGCUGUGACACAUGUUAGCGCAACGUCAUCAGCCUACGCUAGUGGGUAACAAAUACAGGUCUGCAGGUUGUAGCAGCAAACACGUUGAUGUGCGUUGAUCAUGCUGAAUUUCUGACACUGUCAGAAAACUAUUGUAGGCUGUCUUUGGUCCCAAGACCAGGAAAACGUCGUCUUUGAACCUCUCUCACUUGUAUGACAUGGGACCACCGAUUAAGAGCCAUUAUCACAGAAAACUCCACAAUUGUUUUACAAUGGUAAUCUUACAUUUGGGACAUUUAGUUCUUUUCUAUUUUCUGAAAAGUAAAUAUAAGUUUAUUUGCAAUACCAGAAUACCUUAUGGUAUAUCAGAGCCAUUGCUAAUAAUUAUUUGGGCAAGUUGUCAUUUAAUGCAAAACUCCUUUUCUUACAGUGUGACCACAAUUGGGUCCUCACCCACAGUUUAAAAACCCCAGUGUAAGAGGAUGUUGUGUUGUAAUUAAAGUCACAUCUAAGUCUUGUGGUUUCUCAUUAUAUUCACAGUGUAACACGGUUCUUUCAGGAGUUACUACAUUACAGUGCUCUUAAAGUCUCAUGAUCAGCUCUGGGUCUUGUAAAAUAAUAUAAUGAGAUUGUGAUCAAUAGCUUUGCAGUAUUUUUGUUACACAUCAAAUUUAAUUUGGUAAACAAACUAGUCAAUAUAACUCAUGCUGUGACUCUGGAUUACACCUGGUCAAAUCAAUAUGUGUAUUCACUUUUUGUAUAAGGUUUCUUCAUCUACUGUAUAUAAAGGUCACCUUUGGUUUGCUUAUUAGAGUUUGUUGCUUUUUAAUCAAAUGUUGUGAAAAUGCAAGGUGUGUUACACAAUUUCAAUGGAUGGUGUGGGGUCAAAAAAUAUCAGACAAAAAGUCUCAACUUUAGAUACUGUGAUAUAAAUGAUGACAGACACACUUAAUGUGAGUCACACCCAGUAAUGAUAAUAAGCAGGAAUUGCAGCCAGCAUUAAAGCAGGGUCACCUAAAAUAUUCUGCUUGUUGGCAAUUGUUUUAUUUAUUUAAAUGUAUAAAUGUAGUUUUUCAUUAAAGAUUGAUGAAACAGUCAGAGGUGCAGUGGCUGCUGGUUAUAAAUGGGAAUGCUUCCCAAUGGGAAAUUACAUAAUUUCCUAUAAUGUUUGUGCAUAGCAUCAGUGAGUUUGCUUUAAUAUUAUGAUGUAAUGCUUAAUCAAGCGUUUAUUAAAGUGAUGUCAUAGGCGAUGAUGUUUGGCGUCGGGUAUUGUGACAUCAUAAUGCUCGCGUUCCAUUAGACGCGUAUAUAAAGAGCCGCGCGCAGAUCUGCAGUCACUCACUCAUUUUCUGGUUAUCUGAGCGGAAGCAAAGAAAAUCAUCGAAAGAGACGAGACGAUUGCAAAGCGAUCAAAAGCAUUGAGAGUGUGAAAGUUACGAAUUACACAAGUCUACAACCACUUCUACUGAAGAGUAUUGGUGUUUGUUCACAAGUGUUUUUUGACUGCUUGUCCACUCAAAUAUCAUGGCCUCAUCCAGGUUGUCCCUCCGUAACACCGAGGGCGGAACUGAUGAGAAGAGAGGCGACCAUGCGCUUGAAGUCGGCGGUUGUAGCGAUCGUUUCCCGGGUGUGACCAUCCAUCAGUCACGGGAUUCAUUGCUCUUCGCUGAUGGAAAGUUUGUCAAGGCGUCUCUUAUACAAAACCUGGACGAAAGUCCAGAAGCAUGUUUGACCCUCAACAACACCAAGGGUGGAAUUGUUGAUGGAUUGAAGGUCGGCGUUUGUAGCGAUCGUUUCCCUGAUCUGAACACCUGUCAGUCACGGGAUUCAUCGCUCUUCGCUGAAGGAAAGAUUGUAAGAGAGAGUUUUAUUGACACUGUGGACGACAGCCCAAAAGUAGGCAGUGAGGGGAAGGGGGCAGGGAUCCGUGGGCUCUUCAAUAGAGCUUGCAAGGCUGUAGCGCGCCCCUUCCUCAGCUGCCGGAGGAACAAAGUAAAAGCUAUUGUUCCUCCACUGAAGCCGGACAAAUCAUCUUCAGGGCUGUCUGUCCAGUAUGCAUCCCGUCCCCAGGACAGUUUGGACUCAGGUUCUUACUGGGUCGGGGAUACAUCAGAUGCAUGUCCGGCUCAAGCGAAAAGUUCAGCCAAAGUUUGGUCUAUGGCUGACCAGACUUCUUACACGGGUUCAUUUCUCGAAGAAACGCAUGUAUUGGAUACAUCGGACAUUGCGUCCGCUUCCUUAGAUGACAGUGCCGAUCACAGGAAAGGCGUUCAAGGCCUGAUGAAUGCCCAAUCAGGUUCCAUAGAGACCUUAAGUCUCGAUGCUCACAGUGGCGUGAAGGCAUCUAGUACAGCUGUGAAGAGCAGAUCUUUAUCAGCUGACAGCAGGUCCAGUGAGAUGACAGACAAGUCAUCAGAAGCCACAAACCUGGACUUUGAAUAUGGCAUGAAUAUGGCAGAGAUCUGCCCAGAAGAACAAUGUGCCAAAGAGAAGGCAGGAAAGUGGGGGUUCUUAAAGAGAACCUGGAAGGCUAUAGAGCGAACCUUCCUCUCCUGCUGCUGUACCAAAGUGGAGCCUUUUGUGCCUUCAUCAGACACUUCCCCAUUUUAUCAAGAAAGUCUUGAGGAUCAUGUGGAGACUUACUAUAACUUGGGGAAUAUUUUGGGUCAAGGUACCUUUGGAAGUGUCUAUGAGGCAACACGUAUUUCUGAUGGCAAAGAGGUCGCCAUCAAAUUCAUACAGAAGUGUGUCGGUGACCGUACUCUUGCUAUUCCUUGCUAUUCUGAACCUCUGAUUACAGAACUGGCACUCUUGGUUAAGAUGAGUGAACCUCCCUUAAGCCCAAAUGUAAUCCAGAUGUUCGAAAGUUUUGAAGACUAUGAGAAAAUAGCAAUUGUUAUGGAGUACCCCCAGCCCUGCAUAACCUUAAAGGAUGGCAUAACAGAAAGUGAGAUGUUAUGUGAAGAAAUGGCGCGUAAAUUAAUGCGUCAAGCGGUGAAUGCAGUAAUCGACUGCAUUGAUCACGGUGUCGUUCAUACUGACAUACAUCCUGGUAACAUCCUGAUCAACACCGACACUUUAGACCUGAAGUUAAUUGACUUCAGUUGUGGUCAGCUGUUUACCAGUGAUGUCUAUGACAGUAAUCAGUAUGUAGGAAACAAAGCGUACUGCCCACCCGAGGUCACAGAGAGGAAAAAAUUUCAUGCCAUCUCUGCCAACGUCUGGUCUCUUGGUUUGCUCCUCUUUGAAAUGGUCAACGGAUGUUUGCCUGAUCCAGAGUCGGAGGAAGUCCUGUUUGUGAAUCCUAACUUAUCGGAAGCAUGUCAAGAUAUUAUUAGAUGGUGUCUAGCACAUGAUCCAGAUGAUCGACCCACAUUACAUCAGAUCUUACAGCACAGCUGGUUUGAUGAAUGAAGUCAGUCAGGGUCUUCUGUUCAUCACUGCUGUCAGACGUCAGGGUUGGAUCUAAAAGUGCUGGACACUACACAGGACUGAGCAAACCAGACCAGACCAGACCUCAUUGACCUUAUAAAAUACUGUAGAUAUAUAAAAUACUGUAGAUAUAUAAAAUACUGUAGAUAUUUUAUCUUUUUUUAGAUUUUCUUUUUUAUUUCAUUGUAAUUAUUCUGUAAUGUAUUUUGUAUUUCUUUUGUCUUGCAAUAUUAAUAAAUACAAUAAAAAAUACAUUUUACCUUUC